AUUUAAUUAUUUGGAGCAUCGGUUUGUCGCCCUACCAUUUGCUUGGCCAGUUGGAAAUGAAUAUCUGAUGCGGAGGAGAUUCGGUCUUUUGACUGAUAGCCAUGUCUCUGAGCGGAGCAUGUCUAACCCACAUUUGCAACUCUCUUCUCCCCAUCCGAACCGCAGUUCUCAUUAAGGGACCACUGCUAUCACCAUGGACCCUAACUGGCGUCCGGCCGUGCAGGUCGUCAUCAACAGCCAUGCCCAGGCGCAGCCGGGGGGCACGAGGGUGCCAAUGCAGCGUCGGGAGAGGCCAUUAGGUGUGGAGGAGGCUCUGCAGUACUCCCCCAUGUACAGUACCCCGAUCUUUGGAUUAGAUUGCAUACUGCGUCCUGAUGUCGGCCGACCUCCUACCACGACUUCCAUCAAUCAUAUUAUACAGUCCGGACGUGCUGCGCUUAAUGAGCUGAGUGACGAUAUCCGGUCUGAGCGGCAGGAGUCGAGCCGAUUAGAGACGUCUCGGGAAUAUUUGCAGCACCUUCUGGACGGUGAACAGCUGACUGAAUUCAAAUUUAAACUUCCAAAUGGCACACGGAACCCUCCACCUUCAGUUACUGCUCCCGCUUCCCACGAUUCUAUUUCCAGCAUUGGCCUUCUCGGUCCAUUCUCCAAGAUGUUGCUGGACUCUACAGAUAUCGCCUUUCGAUAUCCUACACCAGCAGACUCGGACCUUGGGACCCCGCCGAAGAAGGCCAUCAUUUCCUUGGACAAGAAAUCACUUUCAAACCACAAUCUUGCUGCGGUAGCUCAUAAUCAACAUGUUCAACCCGCAAGCCAUCUCUCAGUCGUGAUCCCAGUGAAGCCUGUGCAAACCCCGGAUCAUACACAUUUUGCAUUAAAGAAGAGAAACCUUAGUGCCAAUGGAGAUGAUAGCCUGUCGGCAAUUCGCCUAAGAGCUCAAAAGGAAGAAGCAGACGCCGCUUUGGUCAAAUUACAAGAUAUCCUCCAUGAGCUUUUCGAAGCAGAAGAUCAAUUUGACCCUGGGACAUCUGAUACAGCGCCUACUUCGGUUUUCGUUUCUCUCCAGUCGCUCGAAGCCAGCGGCCCGGUUCUCUCCUCAGAUACCCAUAUACGCUUACAGAAAGCUAUGAAGAAGGUGGUGAGCUUCAAUAGACUCCAAGAUAUCCCUUCGGAUUAUCUCAAUCGCAUACAAAAGCUCUGUGAAAGGGCGAUAUUAGCUGCGCAGGCGCCUGACCUGAAAUUAGAGGAUGCCUCGGAUGAGUCUGCAGCUCAUGACUGGUUGAAGAAACUAGAUGACAUGCACAAUGCCCUCCUUGCUGUCAACUCGCUUUUGCAAACAAUGUCCGGUACUCAAACAGCGAAGGAUCUUUGCCCGGAGGAUUUGAUCGAAGCUAUACCGAAUCUUCUCAAUCAGGUUUUUGAUUAUUGUAUCAUACCGGCUGUUGAAGCGCGCCCUGGGGGAAAAGAUGCAAAGAUCUUCGAACUCUGUUCCACUCAAAGACGUGUUAUUGGUGGCAUUAUUCAGCAAAGUAAGAAGGUCCUGAGCAUUUUCGCUGAUUUCCUUGCGCGGAUUGAGGUCUCUGAGGGAACGAUCACUACGACCGAAUUCUUCGCCGCGAAAUUGAUCUUUGUGGAGAACUCUCACACGGAAAAGGAUUCCGCCGUCGGCUCUCAAAAGUAUGAGUCUGUUCGACGGGGCGCUAUGGACGUACUUGCAAAGAUCUUCUCAAAGUACCCAGCGCAGCGCCCAUUCAUUCUAGAUGAGAUCUUGGUAUCCUUGGAAAAGCUCCCGUCUACCCGGCAGAGCGCCAGACAGUUCAAACUAGCAGAUGGCAAGAAUAUUCAGCUUCUGACUGCUCUAGUUAUGCAACUAGUUCAAACCACGGCCCUGGAAACCCCUUCAUCCAAAAGAAAACGCAAGGUUUCAAAGACGGAAGAUGAUGAUGAGAAUGAGUUGGCCGAGGACGACCAGGAUACUGAUGAUGAUGAUGAUCAGUCAGAUGUAUCACUUGCGCGCUUAGCGGUCAAGGUCAACCGCUUGUACGAUAAUGCAUUGCGAAGCGCUCAGUAUAUCAUCAAGUUUAUUGUUCAAAGAGCAAUGACUUCGACCAAGACGGGCGACCAGCCGUACAGAAAUAUCCUUGACCUCUUUACUGAAGAUCUUAUCGGAGUUCUAGGCUCCACGGACUGGCCUGCUGCCGAGCUUCUGCUUCGAAUAAUGGCAUCUCACAUGGUCAGUAUUGCCGACACUGACAAAAGCCCAGCUACAGCGAAAAGCAUGGCUCUCGAACUUCUGGGUUGGAUGGGAUCUGCGAUCUCCGAUCUCAUAUCAACAGCACAGCACCUACUUCCGGCUAUGGAGGAAGCCAACACCGAUGUCACCGACUAUCUGAAGCAAUUAUUCGAUGAUUAUUCGAGCCGUGCUUUGCACAUUCAAGAUCUUGUCGUUGCAGAAGGCCCCUAUCGUAUGACUUUGGAGUACUUUAUGAACGGCCACAAUUCAGAGAGCUGGCAGCUUACUAGUGCAAGAGGGUUCUUCCUCGCGCAGUGGGCCAAGACUUUUUGCUCCGUCUACUACAACUCGGAGGAAAGUGACGACGUCGAAUAUGACGAUGCGACUGAGGAUCUCGUGCAUCUCUUCGCCAAGCUAUUCUCGGACCCAUUAUGGCUGGAGACGCACAGGAAGUACGACAGGAUAUCAACGGCUCAUGGAAAAUUCGCCUACAUCCUGACCGUCCUAAGCUCGAGUUUCUGCAAAGCGUUUGAUACCAUUUUGAAAGUGCUUCUGAACUCUAUCACCAGUGAUCAAGCAAAGGUCCGAAGUCGCAGUCUCAAAAGUGUGAUUUACAUGCUUGAGAAAGAUCCCAGUCUCCUCGACAGGGAUGCUUCAGUCAUGCGUGUAAUCCUUCGAUGCGCAACAGAUGCUUCGCCUAUGGUCCGUGACUCUGCGUUGUCCUUGAUCGCCAAAUGUAUUGCUCUCAAACCGAAUCUAGAAGAAGAGGGGUGCCGGACAAUCCUUGCUUGCGCCGGAGACCCAACAGCGGGAGUCAGAAAACGCUGUAUUGGCUUGCUCAAAGAUAUCUACCUCAAGAGCUCCCGCACCGAAUUAAAGUUAGCAAUCCUCGACAGCUUUCUUCAGCGAACAAUUGAUCUCGAAGAAGGUGUCGCAACGCUAGCACGCCAGACUUUUGAAGAGAUUUGGCUUACUCCGUUCCAUGAGCUCAUUGACUCCGCUCAAGAUGCGCCGAAAUUAAAGGUUGGUCUCGCCGAACGAGUGAGCUUGUUUGUCAACCUGGUCCAGAGGAGCGAGACAGCGCUCGAGACACUCGGUGCCUGCCUCGGAAAACUAUUGUCUGACUCGUCCAAAACUUCUGCUGUGAACUUCAAAGUAUGCAAGGCAAUGGUUUCAACUAUGUUUGAGAAAUUAAUCGAAGACAAUGAACAUACCGGAAAAGAAUUCCAGCAGGCUUUAUUGCAGACGAUGACGGUUUUUGCGAAAGCGAAUCCAAAAUUAUUCCGACCCGACCAGCUAGAGGCCCUUCAUCCUUACAUUGGACAUCUUGCCACUGCAGAGGAUCUGUUCUUGUUCCGGUCUGUGGUGGUUAUCUAUCGAUGCGUCCUACCAUUUGUAUCAACAUCUCACAACACACUCCUGAAAGAAGUCCAAAAUGACCUCUUCAAAAGCGUGGCCAAACUGGCCCGCAACGAACUCAACGAAGUCAUGGCCUGUCUGUGGACCAUCAAUGGUGUCUUGCAAAACACAGACCGACUGGUGAAACUCACAAUUUCUGUUCUGAAGCCGAUACAGCACUAUAAAAACAUUGAUCUUGCAAGCAGCGCCAACGCAGCUGUUUUGGCGAGAGCCAAGAGCUACAUUCGAAUCGCUGGCUGUGUUGGGCGACACUGUGACCUAGAAAAGUAUGAACCUCACUUCAAAAACGCGUUCCCCUCGUGGAAGGGCGGAUCCGUUGCUGGGCUGAUGGUCGAUUCAAUCAUCCCAUUUACUCUUUCAAAGCAGCCCCUUGAGCUGCGUACCAUGUCGCUCGAAAGCUUGGGCUCCAUUUGUCAAUCUUGGCCUGCGCAGUUUGGACGGGAGGAAUCAAGGCGGGUCCUCUCAGCGGUCUUUGAGGAAGAUAACCCUAGCCUUCAGAACAUUGUGCUCAAGUCAUUUUCGGACUUUUUCGCGAUGCACGAAGGAAAAGCAGAAAAGUCCAUGGUACCGGCUGCCGAAGUCGCGGAUCAGAAAAACACAACGAGAUUAGGCGGGUCUCUGCGAGCCAGCGACAAUGACGGGGCCGCAGCUCUGAUAGCACAGCACUUUCUCAAGAAUAUGCUCCGAGUUGCGCAAUCCCGGCAGGAUUCGUAUGCUUUGACCGCUAUCGAAUUGAUUGCGAGCAUCAACCGGCAAGGCCUCGUCCACCCAAAAGAGUGCGCUGGAGUUUUGGUGUCCCUAGAGACAUCCACCGUCCCGGCGAUUGCCAAGGUAGCAUUCGAAACACACAAGAUGCUCCACCAGCAGUACGAAUCCAUGUUUGAAAGAGAAUAUAUGCGUGCUAUCCAGGAGGCCUUUUAUUAUCAACGUGACGUCGUUGGUGAUACAGCGGGUGCUCUUGCCCGUCCAUACGUUGCAAAGCUCGCACCACUGUUUGAUAUUGUCAAGAUCAGUAACAGUCGAUACCAGAAAAAGUUCCUUUCUAGCCUUUGCUCCAAAGUGAACUUUGAGCUAAAGGAACUUGAUACCUCGGGCAACCCUCCGGAACAUCUUCUUCUUGCUCGCUUCGUGACUCAGAACCUGGCGUUUUUCGACUAUGGCCAGCUCGCUGAGCUUGUGGCAACUAUUAGCUGCAUGGAGCGUAUUGUUUCUGCGACGGGAACUAUCGUGGCGCACACCAUUGAGACGGAGAUCUUUCCACCAAAACAGGAACCACAGGGUGAAGCACCCGCUGUAUCUCCGACGACGCCGCUACCUCACGUCAACCCGGCGAUAUUACGGCGUCUUGCUGUUGCGGCUGCCUCGCUCUCUAUGUUGUGGGAGGCACGAACAUAUUUGCGCCGCCUCUACGGAGUAGCAGCUCAUGUCCGCAACAAAGACGGUAAACCCGCCACCAAAGAAGUCAACAAGUCGGCCACCAAGGUGCAAGGGAUCACUGGUGAUAAAUUCUGGGAAGCCAUCUCUCGAAACAUGGCCUCGUUGGAUAGCGAACAAGCAAUGGUUGCAAAGUGCCGCGAGUUCGCUACGCUGCUGUCGAUCGAUGAGGAGUUCAAAAUUGGGGACGUUGAAGACGCUGAAGGAGAUCUUGACGCCGCCGGCGAUGUUGAUGAUCCCGGCGCCAUGUGGGUUGCUGGACAACGGCCGGUGAAGCGCAAAAGCUCGCUGUCGGGCCAAAAUCCAGCAAAACGGCCCAGAGGACGGAAGCCCGGCCCAGGCAAGAAACGAAGCAGCGCAACGCCGGACGCUGAUGCGGACUGGGACUAGGCAAGACCUAUUUGUAUUUUGGCUUUUUAUUCCCCCAUUUGAGGUUCUAGACGGUGCAUAUUGGGACAAUCGGAAAAUGGCGUUUGUGGAGACAGGCAGGGCUUGUAUUCGACAUUUUUCUUCUUCUGAUCUUGACCCUGUUUUAUUAGUCCAUAUACCUAGAAACCAUUCUACAGACUAAUGCAUCGCACUAAUACAUAAGGCUUUAGUCCGAUCGGAUGUUCGGAUUGAGGACAAAGAUCCCACG